AUGGAAGGAAGACGCAAUGAUGAUGGGAUUCUGAACGAAGGUGGGAGAGAACCGCGGCAAAUGGUGGGAGCGAUGGUCGUAGUUAUAUCCCCUGGCCACCGAGCAAAAGCAGUAGCCGGCCGUAGUUCUUCUGACAGCGGGCCGGCAAUGGCCUACUUGAUAGGCACUCCUCGGUUCCACCACCUGCCCAUGAGAAACGUGGUUGCUGCUCCUCUUUUUUUACGUACUGGCGAUUUCGCGAGGAUUUGUAUCGUCUCCGCGUUAACGUUGGGCUUGAAGGAGAGGGAAGUGUUCACAUAUUAG